CUUCUCUCUUGUUCAAAAAUUCCUCCCACGCUGAAGAGUGGGUUGUUUCCAUCGGCGUGGCAUGUCGUCCACAAACCAAUCACCACGGCUUUUGGAGCCCAAGUCCUUCUGGCGAGAGCGAUCUGUGUGGCCGAGGAUAGUCGAUGCCUUCCCAGAUGCGCGCCUUACUCCCAGUUUGCUUUGUUGGUUCCAAUGCCCUUGAUUUGCUACAAGCAUUACUUUUGGGGGCUUGUCUUCUCAUGACCUAUCGUUCGCAGAUUGCAGAUCUCGAACGUCCAAGCCCUACGGCCGAUGAAGCUGCACACUCGUGGUGCGCGCCCCAGAUCGAAUGGUGGGAUGUCAUCGGUGUCGAUAUACAAGUACCUUCUCACGCUGCCCACGAUGUUGCUAUUCAGCCACUGCAAAAUAACCAUGGUACUGAUACUCUGGUGUUGCUGCCCGCCUCUUCUGUGUGCGUGGCAUCUCUCACACAUCUCCUUGCAUGCACCUGAAUCCAAGUCGAAGGAUUAGUCGCCCUCAUGGGAAAGCGCAAGCCAAAACACCGGAGAGUAUCCGGCGGCAGAGAUGAAAGUCAAGCUCAACCUCUGCGUUAUGCGCUCCCGGCACAGGCCCUGAAGAACUGGCCGAAAAUAUUUCGACAACGCAGAAACAUCCAACUCGGCGUCGAAAACAAAUCGCACGUCACGGGUCGAGCCGAGUCGGGUGAAGACGAUAUCGACAAGGUGGUCCGAAUCUUCAUGCGCGAGCCCGAGGAAUCACCAGGCUGCCUGCCACGAGCCGACAGAGUUGAGGAAUUUUGCUUUGGAAUGAGCACUGCUUCUCUCUUCGAGGCCCAAUUCAACCCAGAUGGGACACGGCGAUUGAUCGCUUGGCUGGAUGACAGGAACUUGGAGGGCCCGCUCGAUCAGUCGGGAACACAUUGCAUGCCUCUGACAGUGUAUGGUCUGUUGAGAGAACUGGAAAGGCCUCGCUUUCCCUCAGCAGGCCCGGUCGCUUUUCAAGCCGCCACCAAAGGCCAAACGACUUUGACGGAUGCUGACAGGCGUCUCAUUUUCAUCACGGACCUGGACUGCCGCAGCAUUUACGCCAUUGUACGAACAGCUUCUACUAACCAAGCCUCCGCUCUCCGGGGGGCGUUGUACCAUCACUUGGAGUUUGAACCCUCCUUGGAGUUAGCCGCCAUCACGGAAGGAUUUCCAAUGUUCAAACUCGCAUUUCACUUACCAUUCUUCGCCCUGAAGACUUCGAAGUCUCCGCAAACGGAUUAUCGCCGGGACCGGAAUGGAGAUCCUUUACGACGCUCGCGGGAGGUCUCUUUCCUGAAUCGGCAGGACAAUGAUCCAAAACUUUACCUCUACGACGCCCAAGUCUCCUGCGUAAUUGCCGGCUUGGACUGGUCGAGAUGGACAGGAUGGCUUUUUCUCGACACCUACUAUUUCGAUCCUGAAGACGAGUCCAGAGAGGACGUGUGGGAAUACUAUGAAGACGGGCUUCCCGUGGCAGGCAUGCGUGCAGAUCCUCUGACUUACGGGCUUAACGACGCGGACCGGCCAAUCUGGGAUCCUGAGGAAUACUUCUUGGUGGUAUUCAAAACUCGCUUUGCGCAAACAGAACGAGAGUGGAGGAGGGUGGUGAUGAAGUUGAAAUCGAGCUUUCGCCACCACCACUCGACACAUGAAUAUCGACUCUGCUCUCCAGCGCCCAGUGACCCCUCAAAGGACGAGAGUCCUGCCAAAGGUCUCCGCCGUUCUCUCGACUGGGUGCUGAGGGUCAUGCACCUCGCCAAGGAGUUGAACGAGACCCUAUCAAAGACAGUCCAAAGUUACGAACCGUUUUGUUCAAAGCGAGCUGGCAACUUCGUCGGAGGGCUCCGUUUCCCGCAUGCGAACAAGUCGCUUCCUUCGAUUCAGAAGACUUUCGAUGAGUUACGUCAACAUAAAGAGACCCUGGACCAUCUCCUUGAUCGGUGCGGUCAAUAUACCAAAGAGCUUCAGUUCAAACUCGACCUGGAAGUUCGCGAAAUGAGCAACCAACAAAUAAGACUUAGCCUCGAAGCCAACCGAAUAGCCGAGGACAACAAGGGGUUUUCAUGGAUCAUGAUGAUCUUCGUUACGCCGGUCGCGCUGUCGUCGAGCGUCUUUUCCAUGCGGCCUACGGUCAUUCCUUUCAUCCCUCCAACAUUUGGAUCGUUUCUGGCUUUAAAUGCCAUACUCUCCUGCCUGGGGUUUCUCGUCCACACGACGUGGUUUUGUCGUUGGCGGCUGGUGAUAGCCUUGACUGCACAAUACUUUUACGCAUUGUCUAGCUUGGUGCGAGUAUCCCGACAACCGAAGAAUGACCCAACGGAUGAAGAAAGUGGCCGUCCAGCCGCAACUGCGAGCUUCUCUGUCUGAAACAUUGACCAGGGAGUUGGCCCACUCAUCGACUGGCCUAUGAAAGAUGGGCCUCGCACCACGAACAGGUCUGACCCUUGGGCCACCAAAUCCGCAGUGUGCGUUGCCGACAUUCGAAGGUGGAAACUAGCAGCAUGUACCAACAUAGUUUACUUUGGGUGGCACCGGCAUUUAGCAGCCAUUUGGAGCAAUAGGAUCGAGUGAAGAUCUGAGAUACGAUCGACAACGAUUUCGAGAAACCAAGGGUGAGGCUAGAAUAGUCACAAUGAUACCACCAAUCAUCGAGUCUCCUCAUUUUGUUUCCUCCCGGACAAGCAUGUGCCUGAAUGGUUUCCUGCACGGUCGUUGGCGCCUCACCCCCUCCAACAACCUGACGGGUGUCACGCGAUGAUUCGC